CCAGGCGCCAUCCUUCCUGUCGUCCUCUUGCCUGUAGGUGUCCUGCUCCGCGCUGGCCCCGCGGCCAUUUUGGACUUCGCUGCCACCCGCGCCCGCCUGCCCAGCCCUUCCGGGGUCGCGCUGCCAAGGGGCUUUUUAACGGCCCGUCCCCUCUGGCCAGUCGCCGCAGUCGCCGCGGGAGGGCUCUGUCUACGGUGGAGGGGCCUCGAGCGGACUAGGACGCCUUCGUCCCGCCAGGAUGAAUGUCGUCUCGUCUGCGUCCUGCGCCUGCUGUUCCGGCCUGUGGUCCGCCGCCCGCGGCCGAAGCCGCUUCCCCUUGUGGCUCUUCUCCUGGCCCGGGGAUCGGCCUGGGGCCCCGACUCCGCCGCGCGGCAAGGCCAAGACUGCUUAGGCGUCUCCGAAUAACGCCCGACCUGCAGCCCUCAGAGACUGCCCAGAACAAGGACAUGGAGCCGGCAGCAGACGGAUCGCGACCGCGGCCGGGCUCGCGGUUCUGGCUGCUCUCCUUCUUUCCCCGGCGCUCGCAACCCAGCCCUUCCAAGUUGCCCGCACCUUCUGCCCCGGAACACUCUGGGGACUCCAGACUGGCUGCUGACCCCCAGCCCCAGGCUCGGACCGGCUACUGGAUGAAGCUGCUUUCCCAGCUCUUCGCGCCACUCCCCAGCUUGCUUCAGAAGCUGCUGAUCUGGAGCCAGCUUUUCGGCGGGAUGAUUCCAACCAGAUGGCUAGAUUUUGCUGGAGGCUACAGCGCGCUCCGAGCCCUGAAGGCUCGGGAGGACCCGGGCGCCCCCCCGGCGCAGACAUCUUUAAGGUCGCAGCGGCUCGACCCCUCGGACGACUCUGCUGCCAGUCCCCUCGAUUGGCUGGAGGAGGGCAUCCACUGGCAGUGCUCGUCCUCAGAUCUAGAAUUGGGACUCAAAGCCCAGGCUGGAGUUCUGCACCCUGGCGCGCACGCUUUUCUGUUAGAGCCGCAGCUGUGGGGGGGAGUGGAGCUGUUGCCGAGUGGCUUCCAAGGCCAUCUGUGCUCUAACCGGGAACUUGGCUCUCCGCCCGCAGGCCCUCUAAACCGGCGUUUAAGCAAUUUCAGCGCCUUCUCCUAUUUGUUGAACCCCGCCUAUCUGGGCUGCCUGCCCCGGGUGGGGCUCGGCUAUCAGAACGGCGUGGGAAGUGGCGAGCCUGUUGAUUUCCAGACCCUCAGCGCAGAGGGCAGCUGUCUCACUGAAGACCGUGAUCCUCCCUACCCGCCAAAGGCGGAGAUCGCUUGCCCCUCCCGGCAGGGACGUCCGCCUCUUUCUAAAGAGGGCCUGCCAGAAAUCCACCAUCUUCGCUCGAAACGGCUGGAGUUCCUUCAGCAGGCCACCAAGGGGCAAGCGUUACCCACCCCAGACCAAGAUCAUGGCUACCACAGCCUGGAGGAGGAACACAACUUGCACCGGAUGGAUCUGAAAUCCGGCGGAGAUAGUCCCACGCAGUGUGUUCCCUCUGUUGGAUCCCUUCCCGGAACCGCCCAAGAACCCACCGAGGGAAGAAUCGCAUCGUUGACUACAGAGGUUCCACUCGCUUUGGAAAAACCGGGCCCCUUGGAAGGAAGGCUGUCUGGUGAGAUACCAGUGGAGAAGGAGCCUGGAGAGGACCAAAGAAGUGUUGGGGACUCCUCAGACCUAGAAAAUGACCUUCCCAUUUCCACCAGGCCAGCUUGUAGUAACAGACUGAUAGAUUACAUUUUGGGGGGAGUAUCCAGUGACCUAGAAGUGAGUUCUGACUCCGGAGGUGAGGAUUGGGAUGAGGAAGCGGAGGAUGAUGGUUUCGAUAGUGACAGCUCACUCUCAGAAUCAGACCUUGAACAGGACUCUGAAGGGCUUCACCUUUGGAACUCUUUCUAUAGUGUAGAUCCUUAUAACCCCCAGAACUUUAGGGCAACAAUUCAGACUGCUACCAGAUUUGUUCCCGGAGACCCUUCUGACUCCGAGAAGGAUUCGUCUGACAAGUCUGAUGUGGAGAAUUCUCCCCAGACUGGAAGCCUUCCCGAGUCUCCUGACCAUAAUUCUGGGGAGGAAGAGGACUGGGAAUCUAGUGCAGAUGAAGCAGAGAGUCUCAGGCUGUGGAACUCUUUCUGUCAUUCCGAUGACCCCUACAACCUUCUAAAUUUUAAGGCUCCUUUUCAAACAUCAGGGAACACUUGGGAAGGCUGUCGUGACUCAGAGAGGCCGUCUGAGCCUACUGUGGCCACUUCUGGUUGUCCCACCGUAUUAUCUUGUGAGGUGCAGCUGUUAGGCAGCCGAGAGAGGGAAGGUCCAGACUUGGUACCGGGUGGGGUUCUUUCUGGAGAAAGACACACGCGUAUCAAGCGAAAAAAGGUAACCUUCCUUGAAGAAGUUACUGAGUAUUAUAUAAGUGGUGAUGAGGACCGCAAAGGACCAUGGGAAGAAUUUGCCCGGGACGGAUGCAGGUUCCAGAAACGAAUUCAAGAAACGGAAAAUGCUAUUGGAUAUUGCUUGACGUUUGAGCACAGAGAAAGAAUGUUUAAUAGACUCCAGGAAAGAUGCUUCAAAGGACUUAAUGCUUUCAAGCAAUGUUAAGAUGAUUUGGUGGCCUCUAACGCGGGCAUACACUACCUCUUACUUGAGAGGUUUCUUUUAAAAAUGAAAAAUUGGCAGCUGUCCUUUUUUGUAGAGGAUAUGCAACUUGGAUAUAGUGACCUAGUUUAAUGGUUUUUUUUUUUUUUUUUUUUU